GAAUGGGUGAUCCAUACAGCGAAGUUCAUGCGGGAGAGGAUGAGAUGAGAACGCCCUGCUGGCGGGCUCCUAGAUUCCAUGGAAACUGAUAAAAGUUACCUAAAUAUUUUGGAUAUUUUUGGAGGUCAGAAUCUUGAAAUCAUGGCGGUAUGAUGUCAACAUCCUUUCUGACUUUUUCUCUUUCUCCUUCUGUGGAAUCUUCCACCUGCUUUUUUAUGGUUCUCUUCUGCCAUGGCAUACGACCCCACAGACUUCUUCUUCCAAAUUGAUAUGCGCAGAGGAGAGGGGAGGAGAAGAAUGGAUUCGGCUGAUGUUUGGGCGGUAGGGAUGGAGUUCGAACCGGAGAUUGAUCGUUUGCCGAUUGACCUACUCGCUCAUAUUUUUGCGAUGAUCACGUCCUUCACCGAUUUGGCUCAGGCGUGCGGCGUUUGUCGGAAAUGGAAGGAAGGAGUUAAACUCUCUCUUGGUAGGAAGGAGAGUUUGAGCUUUGCUGGUUGGAAGAUGGAUGAUGACUCCACUGCUCGUCUUAUUUGCCAUGCCUACAGUCUUCGAGACCUCGACAUCUCAAGAAGCCGUUGGGGUAGCCAAAUAACAGACCGUGGAUUGCACCAAAUCUCUCUUGCAAACUGCAUUCCCAACCUCACGUCCAUUUCGCUAUGGGGCAUGGCAGGGAUCACCGACAAGGGGGUUGUGCAGCUGAUUUCCAGAGCCAACUCGUUGCAAAACCUGAAUGUCGGUGGCACCUUUGUCACAGAUGUCUCUCUACUUGCAAUUGCGGAUAACUGUCCAAAUUUGAAGAGCAUUGUCCUGUGGAGCUGUCGCCAUGUAACGGAGAGUGGACUUCUUAUUCUUGUAAGUAAAUGUCGCAAACUCGAGUCGAUAAAUGCCUGGGGAAUGAGGGUACCUGUAGACUGCUUCAUUGGUUUGGUGGCCAUAAGUCCAUCACUUCAAAUAAAAUCAAGAAGUCUGCUUCUAAAUUCUAUGUGGCCAGUCGUAUGAAAUAUGCUCUCUAAUAUUAUAUCCUGUAAAGCUUCCAUUUUACGUAUGUCUUCAUCCUUGUAUUUUUCCUUAUUCCACCCCCAAUAAGCUGCCAAUGAUUCUUCCAGUUCAUCUAAAACUGAACUAUUUUCUCCUCAAGUAAAUAUAAUAAGGGUAUGUAAAAACUAUGCUUUCUUAUUUGGGGCUAAAUGUAUUUACAUUUCUUUGGUUCCUCAA